CGCCCUUUAUAGUCACGAGCAGUGGCACAGGCAAUGCGGGCACCUUCAACGCCCGCAUACACUAAUUUGGUUUUUGUAUAACAAAAGUUCAGACUUCCGAUUGGCGUUCUGCUGCGGCUGAAAGCCGCACCAGCGCUUCUAUCGGGUCUCCCUCGUUUAAGCCAAAGCAGAGAUGGCGGCAGCCCCGGCGAAGGAGGUGACAACGAGGCAGGUCACGGCUGUGCGUUUCGGGUUUUACACGGAAGAUGAGGUGCGCAAGCUCAGCGUUGUCAAGAUUACCAGCCCGAUUAUCUUCGACAACAUGAAAGUUGCUGUGGCGGACGGGUUGUACGACCCGCGUAUGGGUCCCGUCGACGUCCGGGACAGAUGUGGCACGUGCCAACUGGGCUUCGACAGGUGCCCCGGGCAUUUCGGCCACAUCGAGCUUCCAGUGCCGGUGUACAACCCGAUGGUGUUUAAGGUGCUGUACAAGCUCAUGCGGUGUACGUGUUUUCAAUGCCAUAGGUUAAAGCUGGCCCAGCAAACGGUUGAAGUUUACAAGGCCAAACUGCAACGGCUGGCUGUCGGUGAUCUGGUGGACGCCGUGGAGAUCAACACCGACCUGGUGUCCAAGUCGAAGGAGCUUGCCGAAUUCAUGUCGUCGGCCGAUCCUGAGAAGCAGCAAGCAAAGCUGGCUUCAUUGAAGCCUGUGACCAAGCCUGCCGCGCGUCAUAUUACACAGCACUCGUUGGAAGCUAUGCGGGAUACAAUUUCCGAGUUGCUGUCCAAGAUGAACAGCAAACGCUGCCAGAACUGCAAGGUCCACAAUCCGGACGUCAAGAAGCAGGGCGCCAUGAAGCUCUUUUGCGUGUGGAGCAGCCGCAAGGCGCUCCUGGAGAAUGCCCAAGGGGGAGUCAGCUUGCACAACGUAAUGGACGACGUCGUCGGGCAACUCGAGCGCCAGCUCAAGUCAGAACUGGUUAAGAAGUCGACAAACCUGAAGCGGGCUCGGACCACCGACGGCGACUCGGACGACGAGGAGGCGGAGAAAAAGGUACCGGAGGACGCGGGAGCGUACGGUAGCGUGGCUGACUUUGAGGAUGAUAAGGCUAUCGAUGUUGACGGCAAGAAGCGCACCAAGCGGGAGCCACGAGACCAAGACGAGGAAGAAUACGACGAGGUUGAGCGCGGUGGUAGUGGUGGUGGUGGUGGAGACUAUGCGGCAGAAGACGGCAAGGGCGCUGCGGUCGACGGCAAGGAACUGAUCGCAGGGACGGGCCGUAAGGGCAAAGGAGGCACGAAGGGUCCUGGAGUGCAGCCCACAAUAGACGUGGCCACCAAGUACAUGACUCCGUUGGAGGUGGAGGAGCAUCUGCGCUUGCUGUGGCAGAACGAAUGGCCCGUGCUCUCGCUCAUCUACAGUGCCCAUGUGGCUCCCACGCCGGGGAAGCGCGUAGGUUCCCGGCUGAUGACGGAGGCGGAGGCCCGCCAGGCCUACCGCAUGUUCUUUCUGCGGGUCAUCGCUGUCCCGCCAAACAAGUUCCGGCCGCCGUCCAAGGUCGGCGAAGAGCUGUUUGAGCACGCCCACAACGUCUCCUUGUCCAAGAUUAUCAGCUCCUGUCUGGACCUGACUUCUGCGCCAUCUGCGACGGAAGCCACACGACAGGGCACCAACGCCACUGGUGCAAAUCCUGAGCAGGUGGCCGCAUUGGACCUAUCGCGGCGUGUGGCAAUAUGGCUGCAGCUUCAAGACCACGUUUGCACGCUCAUGGACUUGACGACGGCGGAGAGCAAGGGCGCCAACGUGCCGGGCAUUCGGCAGUCUUUGGAGAAGAAGGAGGGCCUAUUUCGGAAGAACAUGAUGGGCAAACGCGUGAACUUUGCAGCGCGCUCAGUCAUCUCACCGGAUCCAUAUAUCGGCGCAGGUGAAAUUGGCGUGCCGCCCUACUUCGCCAAACGGUUGUCGUUUCCCGAGCGUGUCACUCCGCUGAACGUGGAGCGGCUGCGGGCAGCCGUCAUUGUGGGGGCCGAGGCGCACCCGGGGGCGGUGGCCGUCGAGGAGGUCUCCUCAGGGCGCAUGAUUUCCCUGGGGAAUAUGCCGCUGCAGCGCCGCCAAGCACUGGCUAAGCAGUUGCUGUCGAAUACGGCGGUCUUGGGCCGGACCGCGCCUCUGUCCACCAGAUUAGGGGGCGGUGCCGCCUGCGGGCAAGCGGCUGUGACGUAUGGCGGCUGCUCCUCGCUGCCCGGCAACUACAUAGUUUACCGCCACCUUCACGAUGGGGACCUAAUGCUCACCAACCGCCAGCCCACACUCCACAAGCCGGGUCUGAUGGCGCACCGGGCCCGCGUGCUCAAGGGCGAGCGGACCAUCCGCAUGCACUACGCCAACUGCUCUACCUUUAAUGCCGACUUUGACGGCGACGAGAUCAACCUUCACCUUCCUCAGGACCAGCUGGGCCGCUCAGAGGGCUAUGUGAUUGUGCACGCUGAUCAACAGUACAUCGUCCCAACGGAUGGCAAGCCCAUUCGAGGUCUCAUCCAGGAUCAUGUGGGAUCGGGCACGCUGAUUACGAAGCGCGGCACGUGGUUCACGGCAGACGAGUACCGGCAGCUCGUGUACGUGGCGUGCACGCCCUGGAAUGCCAAAAACGCGGCGGCCGCGGCAGUGGCGGCAGCUGCUGAAGCAACUGGCAUAGCUCGCGCCAAGGUGACGGUGACGUCGCUGGGUCGAGCGGCAGAUAUUAAGCUCGAGCCUCCUUGCAUGCUUAAGCCGCGGCGGCUCUGGAGCGGAAAGCAGGUGAUUAGCACGGUGGUGUCGUACUUCACCCGGGGCCUGCCGCCUCUCACUUUUUCCGCGGGUGGCAAGGUGCCGGCGAGCUACUGGGGCAACACCAGCAUGGAGCAUGAACUCGAGUUCUUCCGAGGAGCGAUGGUUCGUGGCGUGGUGGACAAGAACAGCUUUGGAAAGUACGGCCUUGUGCACGCCGUACAGGAGCUUUAUGGAAACGUUACGGCCGGUGAAAUCCUGUCGGCAUUUAGCCGAUUGUUCACGUACUACCUGCAAUGGCACGGCUUCUCUUGCGGUAUGGACGACCUGUUGCUAGUGCCCAAAUCGGAGGCCAAGCGGGAGGCGCUUCUGGCGAGUGCUGAGGCGCGGGCAGUGCAGGCAAGCUCGGGUCUGCUGCGGGACAAGGACAAGGCCCAGGACAGUGUGGAGCUUCCGGAGAAGAUACUUGCGGACCCGACCAGCCAUGCCCGGGAGCUGCUCAAGUAUGAGAUGAAGGUGGCAGCGGCUCUGGGCGAGCGCUACCGUGCCAACCGGGAUACGGGCAAGGCACACGACAUGAAGGGCUCGGGCGCCAUGCACGCGCUGUCUUCGGAGGUCAUUAAGGUGUGCCUUCCAGAUGGCCAGGUCAAGGCCUUCCCGAAGAACUGCCUGUCCCUCAUGACGAUUACGGGCGCUAAGGGAUCACUGGUGAACUUCAGCCAGAUCUCCUGCCUGCUGGGGCAGCAGGAACUGGAGGGCAGGCGGCCGCCGCGCAUGGCCAGUGGCAAGACGCUGCCAUGCUUUAGGCCGUAUGACGGUGGCGGCCGCUCCAACGGCUUCAUCGGGGACCGAUUCCUGACAGGCUUGAGGCCGCAGGAGUACUACUUCCACUGCAUGGCGGGUCGUGAGGGUCUUGUCGAUACGGCUGUGAAGACGUCGCGUUCCGGUUACUUGCAGAGGUGUUUGAUUAAGAAUCUCGAGUCCUUGCGCGUACACUACGACGGCACUGUGCGAGACAACUGCGACGCCUCGAUUGUGCAGUUAGCGUACGGGGAGGAUGGCCUGGACGUCAUGAACGUGUCGUACAUGCUGCAGUUCGGCUUCUUGGCGCGCAACGCAGAGCGCUUUGUGCAGCAGGUUGAUCAGGAUACAGCAAUGACAGCCAGCAAGGUGGCCUGCCUAACGGAGCGAGAGGCCAAGGUGGCUGCUGCCCUGGAGAAACGUGGGAAGCUGCUGGAAAAGGCGUCGCAGCAGGAGAAGGAGGGGCAGGCUGAGGCUGCCGCUGAAUCGCGGAAGCGCGCAGCGGCGCUGCUUGACGGCAUGCCCAUCAGCGCGCUGCACCCGCCUACUGUGGUAGGGGCGUCAAGUGAAGCUUUCGCGGACGCUCUGCAGGCCUUUAUGCGAGCUAAUGCUGGAAGCGACCUGCUGGCGGCGGACGUUAAGUCAGCUACAAAGUCGAAAAGGGACAAGCAGCACCAGGCGAAAGCACCCAACAUCCUCCCAGGGCGAGUGGACGGCGCUACGUUUUCCCAGCUGAUGAUGCUCAAGUUUAUGCGGUCGCUGGCCGCUGCCGGAGAGGCGGUCGGGGUGCUGGCGGCGCAGUCCAUAGGUGAGCCCAGCACGCAGAUGACACUGAACACGUUCCACAUGGCGGGUCGUGGUGAGGCCAAUGUGACGCUGGGUAUUCCUCGCCUGCGUGAAAUCCUCAUGACGGCUGCCAAGCGCAUCAAGACGCCCGUCAUGACGCUGCCUGUGCGGCGCGGCAUGGCAGCUGCGGAGGCUCAGGUGCUGGCCAAUCGCAUGCGACGUCUGCGGCUGGCGGAGUGCCUUUCGGGCAUCACAGUGGAGGAAAGGCCUGUGGCGCAUGUGCCGGCCUUGGGAGGGGGCUAUGGCCGCGUCUACAGGGUCACCUUGCAUUUCUUCAGCCCGUCGCAGUACCCGCCAGAGACCGCACUCAGCUUUGUGGAGCUCGUUAGGGUGUUCCGGGGCCUCUUCUCCAAGCGAUUGCAGUUUGAGGUGGAGAAGGAGACGCGACGCACGGUAGGCGUGGGCAUCGGCCAGGUAGACGUUUCCACUGUGCAAGACGGAGAGGCAACUGCGGCGGGCGGCAACGCAGGAGAGGAGGGUGGCGAGGGGGAAGCCGGCGGCAGCAACCGUUCUGCCGCGAAGAGGGCGAAAAAGAGUGAGAAGGCUGAUAACUUUGAGGAUGCCGAAGAGGACGAGGAGCUCCGCGAUGGAAAGCUGAGGUUUCGGGGUGGCCGAGGCGAGGCGGCCACAUAUGAUGCCGGUGAUGAUGAGGAUGAGCUGGCCGCUGCGCAAGCGCGCAAAGAAACGGAACGACGGGGUCUGGAGGCCUUGGAUGAUGACGAUGAAGAUGUGGAUGAUGACGACGAGCGAGCUCCGGGGCGAAGUGCCGGCAGGGACCUGGAGCUUGGCGAGGUUCGUGGCCGGAAAGCUGAGGGCACCGCCGAUGACUCUGCCAGCCUGGAUCCCGACGUGGACUACGAUCGCCACACAUGCAGCCUGACUGUCACCCUGCCGCUGAGCAGCCCAAAGCUGCUUAUGUUGGAAAUUGUCGAGCGGGUCGCUGCAAUGACACUCGUCCGGUCAACGCCCGGUAUUGAAAAGGUCUACGUUGUGGAGGGUCAAGGUAAGGAGCAGGCCAAGGUGCAGACCGAUGGCGUCAACUUCGAGGGAGCGUGGAUUCACUCGGACAUUGCUGACGUCAACGCGGUCACCACUAAUGACGUGUAUGCCAUGCUGACCACGUUCGGAGUUGAGGCGGCCCGUGCAACCAUCAUGCGUGAGGCGCAGUCUGUCUUUAGCGCGUACGGCAUCGGUGUGGACCCGCGGCACCUCAGUUUAAUUGCAGAUUUCAUGACCCACCAGGGCGGCUACCGGGCGUGCAACCGCGUUGGCAUCGAGUCGAGUGUUUCUCCGUUCCUCAAGAUGUCGUUCGAGACGGCGGCCCAUUUCCUGACGGAUGCCACGCUGAAAGGUGCCAUGGAUGACCUCAAGUCGCCUGCUGCCCGCUUGUGCGUUGGACGGGUCGUGGAGCUUGGCACCGGCUGUGUGGAGCUGGUGCAGAAUAUUGAUUUGUAGAGCUGUUAAUGGUCUCCGUCAUGAGACCGACGUGACUAACUCUGACGUUGGACCAACUUAACUCUUAUGACUGGCACAAUUUUUUACGAUGCUUGUGUGGGAACUGUGUGUCAUGCUCCCGCUGCAGCUGUAGUUAUAUGGCUAGAACUCGAACCUGAAUGAACACAACCUGGGCGUGGUUGUCAACUACCUACCGGCGUUGGCGAAAUCUCGGACGAGGACGUCGUCUUUGGCUUCUUGCUUCUUUCGCUCUAGGGCUUUUGUUGAACUGCGUGUGCAGGCGGUAUAAGCGGCCCGGCUGCUGCUGGAGUUCCCUAAGUUCUCUGAUUGGGAAAUUGUGAGCGUUUGCUGUACAAAAGGAAAAAAUGCUGUAGUCAUAGCUGAGCCUCGGCUGUGCUGAGUGGGAGUAGAGCAGGUGGUCUACCGGAAAGGUGGAAGGACAAGGAACCUUUUGCUGUUUCUUGCCAGGACCACAGGAAACGGAAGUUCCCCCUUUGAGCGUAAUCCCUAGUCAGGCUAGAUCCCCAUAUCGAUACGGUGGUAUCUGUGGGCCGUACAUGUAAGACAUUUUAGCAGUUG